GCGCGAGAGAGAGCCAUGGAGGGCUGCAGCGCCGCCCCCGGCCGCCAGGGGGUGUCCGCAGCCUACCGGAGCGCGGCGCAGGCGGGGAGGAGCGGGGCGGGGCCGCACGCGCAGCGCCCCCCCGCGCGCUGCCGCCGUGCCCCGCCUCCGGGCGCGUGCGCAGAGCAGGGCACCGGCACCGGGACGGGCACGGGGGCGACACCGCGGGGCACGAUGGCCGUAGGUACGGGCACUUCGCUGGCGCUCUCGUCGCUGCUGUCGCUGCUGCUGUUCGCCGGGAUGCAGAUGUACAGCCGGCAGUUGGCCUCCACCGAGUGGCUGACGAUCCAGGGCGGGCUGCUGGGCUCUGCGCUCUUCGUCUGCUCCCUCACCGCCUUCAACAACCUGGAGAACCUCGUCUUCGGCAAGGGCUUCCAGGCCAAGAUAUUCCCCGAGAUCCUCACUUGCCUCUUGCUGGCUCUCUUUGCCUCUGGCCUCAUUCACCGAGUCUGUGUGACCACCUGCCUCAUCUUCUCCAUGGUUGGCCUCUACUACAUCAACAAGAUCUCCUCCACCCUCUACCAGUCCUCAGCGCCUGUUGUUGCUCCUGCCAAGGCUGUUGGCAAAGGCAGAAAGAGGAAUUGAUGUCCUCCUGCCCCUUCCCCUGGGCAGCCCCCUCCCCACUGAGCCAGACCGAGGGUCUCAGCCACCCAAUAAAGCCAUUUCUUUGUA